GUACUACCCCCCCGCUCUAACAAGCCUGCCUACAGCAGUACUGUGCUGCCCACCCGCCUUCUUUCUCCCACCACACAGUCUGCACGCAACACACGGAACACAAAGGCAUGCCCACACGUCGGCUCUGGCUUUCGUCUGCUGAUCUGAGAGAGCGAGGUUGGCAAGACUUGUUUCCUCCACCGACUCCUACGUUCCGUGAAGUCGGGGCUUCGCCAAUGAUCAGCAAGAGCAAGACCCGUGAGGCCCGCAAGCGACGUCCCGCGCUACGAAGGUCUCACCUCCUGGUGGCAAUUGCGAUGUCAGCCAUGACUGUGAGGAUCGUGGAAAGCAACAGGCUGGUUGAGUUUCCGUCUGGUGCCAGGUGCAUGUGGAAAAACCUGCCGCACCCGGUUCAGUUCGCGAUCAUAUUUCUGUCCACCGGAUUUUCGGCAAGCUUGACAACGCAGCGUACGCUCGGCUAUCUCGUGCCGUAACUGCUUGGAUGAAUGAGAGGCGGCAUGCACAUCAAGGUUAGUCGAAGACGCGCGACGGCAUCGGGGGCUGGACGCUAUUGCACUACCAUAGGACUUCAAGAGAGUUGGAAUUCGAUAGGUACCAAUUUGCCUUUCUGCGGCGGUGAGGCAGUUUUCAGGGUAAGGAUUCCACGGGUUCGCUUCGGUACUGUAGGGCCCUCGCGUACGAUUUGCUGCGAAUGCGCGCGAUACAUCGAUGCGGCCACCUUGCACGACAAGAGAUGUUGCGUGGGGAGGCGGCCAAUAUGUGUAAGUACACUCGAGAGGAUUUAUUUGUUGCUCCUUGUUUCGUGUUUGUGUUUUUCCAGCAUGCCUCCGUCUAGUAGUCAUGAGCUGUGCACCAUAGCCUUGUCAAGAGUUCAGUGCACGCUUGAGGGGGCUCAAGGACAGCAGUAAACGGUGCGCAAUGUGUAUAUAUCUCGUUUUACACGUCCAUUGGUACAAAGGCGGCGUCCAGGGGAAAAUUGGCAAAGCCACCGCCAGGAUAGCCGCGUGUUUUUUACGAAUGUGUGGUGCUGUCAGCAAUGGUUUCCCCUUCAUGUUUCGGCUUAGGCAGGCGUAAGUAGGCCAGACUCGCAACAUCGGUCGUUGCUAGCCGCUGGUAUCUUCCAUAAAAAAGGGGUUGGGUAUGGUGAAGGGUUUGAAGCCAUGUGUAAAUAUCGUACUCUACAGAUAACGUUUUGAAUCUGCAGCACGGGUGCUUCUGUUGCCCGGCGUUUCGUUCAUACCCUGUCCUGUCUACUCGACGGGGGGUGGUAAGAGAGUAGCAGUUCGCAUUCUUGUUGCCUUGCUUUCAAUGCCGGUGGAAACGGUGCUGCUUCGUAUCCACGAGGGGCAGGGAAGGGGAAGUUUCGAUUAAGAACGCCACUUACGGAUCACAAUCCGAACA